GUCAGCGGGGUCGCGGCUGGACUGUGACCCCUGACCUCUGGACUCCUCUCCCGCAGAGCUCCGGCGUGUCGGUCCUGAGGUGCAGUUCUCUGCAGACAUGGAGAGGAGACUGCUGCUGGUGUCCAGCUCCACGCUGCACGGCGGCGGAUACCUGCAGCACUGCCAGCAGCACGUCGCCCGGUUCUUCGGGAGAGACGUAAACAGAGUUCUGUUUGUUCCGUACGCUCUCCACGACAGAGACGCCUACACCAGGACGGCCAGAGACAAGUUCAGGACUCUGGGUUAUGAGCUGGACUCCAUCCACGAGGCGGCCGACCCUGUCGACGCCGUGCGGAAGGCCCAGGGCAUUUUUAUAGGAGGAGGAAACACUUUCCGGCUGCUGAAGAGUCUCUAUGACAACGAGGUGGUGACGGAGAUCAGGAGGAGGGUGCUGGAGGACGGCGUCCCCUACAUGGGCUCCAGCGCCGGCACCAACGUGGCCACCGUCAGCAUCAGCACCACCAACGACAUGCCCAUCGUCUGCCCGCCGACCUUCAGUGCCAUCGGCCUCGUGCCCUUCAACAUCAACCCGCACUACCUGGACCCGGACCCACAGAGCCGCCACAUGGGGGAGACCAGAGAGCAGAGGAUCACCCAGUACCAUGAAGAACCUGAUACUCCAAGUGUUCUGGGUCUGAGGGAGGGGUCCCUGCUGCUGGUGGAGGGAAACAAAGCCACUCUACUGGGAACCACUAAGGCCAGACUCUUCACCAGGGGAAAGCCCUCGGUGGAGUACGACCCAGGAAGUGACCUCAGCUACCUGCUGACCAAUCAGAGCGACUCAGGAGAUGAAGGUCUCAGGCUUUAAGGAUGUUCUGGAUGACAGAACUCAGAAUGUUGUUCUGUUCAAAACUGAUUAAAUAUUUUAAAUAAGAAA